UAAAUUUUAAACUACCAAAAAUGCAAAAAGAGUAUCAUCUUCAAUCAAGCUCAGAUUCAAAGACUUCUUGUGAACAUUCUUCUAAAGUUUCUUCUUCUUCCAAAGCAAGUCUAUCAGCAUCUAAAACAAAACCUGAGCCUGUAGAUACUCAAGAGAACAAAGAAAAUAUCAUGCCACCAAAUGGUUCCUUCAGAAAAUCUUUCUUAAGCGAUAUCAGUGAAAAAUAGCGAAAAUAACAGUCAAAUCUCCAAAACCACGCCUCCCCCUUACACCCCCUCUACCCCUCCCUUCACUCCCCACUACAACCCUUCCAUCUCUCCCAAUCCAGCCGCUCACAAGAAAUCUCCUCAAAAAUACAGAGUACUCAAUCUCUGCCAGAAUAGACCAAAAUCUCAAAAUACUAUCCAGAUUCAAACUUCAGCGCAUCUUAUAAAUCCUUCACAUCAGCCCAUGCAGCCCAAUACAAAAGCUGACAGUCAAAAGAAUAUGGCAGGGACCAUACAGCUAGAAAACACAACCGAAGAACAGUGAAGGAAUUUUAAGGGAUCACAGAAGGAAAACGACAUGAAUGAUAGAUAUCUUAGAACAAGGAAAAGUCAUGAAGAGUCUCGUAUCGAAGAUGAGAGUAAUGAGAGAAGCUGACGUAGCGGAAGAAGUGCACAAGAAAUGAUGCAUACUCCUGAAAAGGAAUUGAAAAGUGAUAAGAUAUCGAAACAUAAGAGAAAGUUGAAUUUUGAUAUUCAAUCAGAAAAUUUAGAACGAGCAGAAAAGCAGUGUAAUGAGGAAAACAAAAAUGAGUCUGAUGUUCAUGAUUCAUCAUGUAACUCUUUCUCAGUAUCAAGAGUGACUGAUGAUAAUAAAUCAGAUUCUGAUGAGGAAUAUAACAUCAAUAAAACUUUGACAAUCUCCCCACCUACUCUAAAAGACUAUAGUAAAGGGUCUGAGCUUGAAAGAAUGCAGAAAGAGCUUGGGAUUGAAAGUAGUUCUCUCAUAGACUAUUCUUCCAUAAAUGAGAAUGAUCUUGACGAAAAUAACAAUCUUGAUAUCCAAGAAAAAUACCAACAAAUCUCUAACGAAUCUCUUGAGGAAGAAGAGAUUGAGGAAGGAGAUUCCAAACAUCAUAAUCUGAAAAACUACUAUCUUAAAAAUAGCUAUUACCUCUCUGGAAUAACAGAACAAAGUGUGGAGGAGUCCGAAUAUUUCACUUCCUAUGAUAACUCUAAUGCCCAAUGAGAGAGAGAAAAGGCAUCAAAGAGGUUGCUAAUCUCCAAAUACAGCUGCUCUGAUGAUGACCAAAAGGAUUCAGUGGUCUUCCUAUAUAACAGACUUCAAAAUGAGCUUGAUGAAGACGCAUAUAAUUCGGAUGGAAAUGAAUAUCCCUUACCUCUACAUUCCUUGGAACGAAGUGAAGACACUACUCUAAGGGAAAAUGCCCAGCAGCAGAGAUAUACUCAAAACCGUCCUUUUGAUAUUGACCUCACAGAUACUAAUUUAGCCAGCAAAAGGUCGAUUCUAGAGUCUUCAGAGAAGAGCAUGUUGCGAUAUAAGAACUUCCGACAAGGAAGCAAUGGAAUUUUAACAAUAGAUGAACUCUGAGAUGACUCUAGAAGUACUCCCAAAAAAGAGGAGCCAGCUAAAAAUCAGAAUGAAAGUUCAAACCUCACUUUUAACACUGUUUCUAUUCGUAAAUCAGACAUAGAUGCAGGGAGCAUAAAGAACAGAGAGUUUCUCGAUUACUCGUCUAUAAGGAAAUUAGAGGAAUCAGGAUCAACAAUGAGAAAGGACAGCUUCAUCCCUGAAUUAUAUGAGAGCUUGCCAGCAAGACAAGAAGUUGAAAAUACAUCAAAAAUUUACUCCCGGUCCAAAAAUGAGAGUAAAAGGAAAUAUCAAGAGGAUCAUGAGUUUUCUAAAUUUUCUGAUGAGCAAAGAAGCACACUUCCUUUACAUUCAGAUUCCUUCAAGAAGCAUAGCUAUCAUGAGAAUUUAUCUGACCCUAGGGAUGGAAAUAACAAAGAUAUCACAAGUACAGAGAAGAGGAACCAAAAUAGUAAUUUUAGAGUUAACUCUCCUCACUUUCCUGAUGAAAUUAGAAAAUCAUCAACGAACCCAUUUGUGAUCUCAGAUUCUGAAGCUGCAUCAUUGAAAUAUGACUCUACUCCUUCCAGAGAGUCUUGUCAGACUCCUUGUGAGGACUUUAAAAUGAUUAUUUUGGAAUACAUUCAUGAACACGGGAAGAAGAAUGCCUCGAUAGUACUAAAUGAAAUUCUUCAAAAUUUAUCAGGCCAUCAAACAUCAACUAUCAAAGAUCAUAACUUAGGGCAUUCCUUUGACUUGAGACAAAUGAAAUCAGAGAAUGAGAACCUCUCAGCUCAACUAGCACUCUCUCAAAAAGAGAACAAAACUCUAAAGGAGAAAUAUAAUUUCUAUUGUGAAAGAGCAGAUCAAUUGGAUAAAGUCCUCAGAGAUCAAGAAAGCAAGUUGCUUCAUUUUACUAUUGAGCUUGAAAACGCAACUUUGAUGGAAGACCAGCUCAAGAAAGAAAUAGACACUCUUAAAAGCCAGAGGGAAGAAAUUGAAAAGCAUUAUAAAGAACUUAAGCUCUCCAAAGGCAAAGAAGCCAUCCAGAUCCGCCAGCUCAAAUCCGACAUCGAGUCCAAGAAGAGGGAAAUUAUUGAGGCAUCUGAUCUUAUUGAAAGAGCAACCUCCGAGCUCACAGAAAUAAAGAAAGAGAAUUCUGCUCUGCAAGCAUCCACACAGAAACUUGAAAAGGAGAAGUUCAACAGCAACAUGCUGUGUAAAUAAGUUAGAAAGGGAUAUUUACAAAGUUACAUCUGAAAAGAAGAAACUUAACACUGUCAUUCAGAUGCAGAAGGCAUCUCUCAAUGAGCUACAGAGAGAUUACUACAAUUCUCAGGAGAGAGCCGAGCAUUGAGCCUCUAAGAGAACAUUUGAUAAUGAAAUCUAUAGUUACAACCAGAAUGUAGAUGAAGAAAGUACCGUAGUAUUUAAUUCUUCAUGCAAGAAUGAACGUAAAACUAGAAAGCCAAUAAGAGAUAAAGUGAUGCAUUCUUUGGACAACAUUAGCUCGUUGAAAAAGUUUCAGACACGAGUCUCUCCAUCUCCUUCAACAAGGACUUUGAAUAAAAUGCAAAGUAAGGAGCGAAACUCCUUCACAGACUCGAUUGAAAGUAAUCUAACUUUACAAAAUAAUAUUGGCAUUCACAAUGUAGAGAGCCAAAAAGCUGUCAAAGAGAAUACCAUGAAUAUCUCUGAGACUGAGUUUUUCUAUCCAGAGGAGACUCUCAGCAUUGGAGUGAAGAGCACCAGGAAUCAUGCUAAAAAUUUAUCUUGCACUUCGAAUACUUUUCAGCAAAUAAUUUCUAAACCAAGUGGAAAAAGCCCAGAGGCAAGGACGACUACAAAGAAAUCUAAAUUUAGAAUCCUGCAGAAAGACUGCAGUAGGAAAAUCACUAGAGCCAAAGAUAUUCUCCUUUAUUCCACAAGUCAGGCUUUGGGGUAUAAUAGCACGAGUGAAAAAUCACCCAAGAAAGAAAGAUCAGUCAUCCAAGCACCCCCUAGGAUGAAGGCUGUCAGCAAUUUCAAGACAAUGAGAGAGGGUCAUUUGGCGAAAUCUAGUAGCUCCAAGAAAAGCCUCUUAAGCUUCAAAAUCAAAAAAAUAUCAAACAAGAAAACAUCAAAAUUACAACGUGUAAAAUACACCGAGUUCAAGCUAAACCUUGGUCAAUAAACCCCAAAUCCUACCCUCACCAAAAUGUUCAAUACACAUUUCCACUCAACCUUCUUCCUC